AUGUUUGCUCCAAACAUCUUAAAUGCAUAUUAUGACUUAACCCAAGGGUUUGGAAUUUGCUUUGUCGACCAUCUCACAUCCACCCAAGAGCCACGGGCCACAUUUUCCACGACCCAGGUGGUCCGCUUGGCCUUCUACGACGUCACUCCAAGGGAAGGCUGCUCCUUUGGCGCCUCUGUGCGCGGCUUUAGCGUCAAGGAAGCCCUGGAAAAUCCAGAUGCCCUCGAGCAGAUCAAAGCGGACAUGUACAAGCAUCGCCUGCUGAUCUUUCAUGGCCAGACUGAUUUGACGCCAAACCUUGUUGAUUGA